AUGGCUUCCAGCAACCUGAGCUUGGUUGUAUGGCCUAAUUCAUUGUCUAACUUAGCUUUUCUGCUCAGUUUUCUAAGCUCAUUGGCAUUGUUACUCAUAUUUUGUAAAACAACAUACAAUCUUCUCUUGCACCCUCUGCGCUCAUAUCCAGGACCCAUGCUCGGCCGAGCUUCUCGUCUAUAUUAUAUCUACUACCAAUUCCGUGGAGAUCUUCCAUUCAUGACGAAAGCCCUUCACGAAAAAUAUGGUUCAGUUGUCCGUAUUGCACCAGAUGAACUUUCAUACUCUUCCGGCGAUGCUUGGCAGGAUAUCUAUGGCCAUCGAUCUUCUGCCACCGUUGCUUCAAAAGGCUCAUUUGAAAAAGAUAAAACUUGGUAUACAAAUGUUGGGGAAUCUAAUUCAAUCGCGGUUUCUAAUGUGUGUGCAUCGGCAGACCAUAAACGAUUCCGCCGAGUGAUGGGCCCCGCCUUCUCUGAGAAAACCGUCAAGGCUCAGGAGUAUCUAAUGAAGCGCCACGUGGAUCUUUUCAUUUCACAGCUCCACAUGCGGGUAAAAGAUAAGGAAUUGGCGGGAAUCGAUAUCGUUCGCUGGUUCAAUUUUGUCACUUUCGAUCUCAUAGGAGACUUAACCUUUGGGCAGUCCUUUGGUUGUCUAGAAACUGGCGAGUUACAUCCAUGGAUUCAAUGGGUCUUUGGAGGUGUCAAAGAAUCCUGCUUUUUCCAGGCGAUACUACGAGUGCCGGGCAUCCAAAGUCUUCUCAAACCGCUAUUUCAUCUCAAAAACGACAACUGGAAACAGCAGUUCGAGUAUUGUGCUCAAAAGACCAAGGAGAGAAUGGCGAUGAAAACGAAUAGACCUGACAUUAUGACACAUAUUCUCCGAGCAAAUGACGAGAAGGGAUUAACGGAGCAGGAGAUUCUGAAUAACGCGCAGGUAUUGGUAAUUGCUGGCAGCGAAACAACGGCUACGGUGCUCUCUGGAUGCGUUUUUUACUUGACCCGAAAUCUGGACGCCUAUAAGAAAGUGACCGCUGAGAUCCGAACCUCCUUCGCGGUAGAAGAUGACAUGAACGCCGAGUCUCUGAGUAAGCUACCGUACUUCAACGCUGUGCUAGAGGAGGCCCUACGAGUUUAUCCACCGCUGUCAGUGACUCUUCCUCGAACCACUCCACCCGGAGGUGAGAUGAUAGCAGGGAAAUUUGUGGCUGGAGGAAUGACUGUAGGAGUCAAUCACUGGUCUUAUAACCAAAGCAGCGAAAAUUACAAGCAUCCUGAAUUGUUUACGCCAGAGAGGUGGCUUAGCAAGGAGAACGGUUCUGUAGAACAAUAUGAAAAGUUCGCUGACGAUCAACGGAAACCUUUCAAUCCUUUCUCCUUUGGACCACGCAAUUGCAUAGGCAAAAGUCUGGCUUAUGCCGAGAUGCGUCUUAUCAUGGGAAGGCUGCUGUGGAACUUUGAUAUCGCAUUAGAGCCUGGUUUUGAGAAUUGGGAGAAACAGAAAGUUUACAUCCUUUGGGAGAAGUCCGAACUCAAAGUACGAUUGACCCCUGUUGUUGGAUAUUAG